AUGUCUGCACGGUUACGAGAGCGGGAUCGGUGUGAUGAAGACCGAGAGGACCUAGAGGAAGACGACCGAGAACGUGAACGCGACCGCGAGCUGGUAGAGCGUCGAACAAGUCUUGGCCGUGGAGGGCUGGGUGGAUUUGAAUCACGUCUUCUAGCUACCGGUCGUCUUCCAGGCCGACUGGAUGGCGGUGUUGCUCGCCGAUCCCGCGAUCGAGAGUCCGAAACGGGC